GUAAGGCGUUUCCUAUUAUAAUUCACCCUCCUUAUCUUUCUGUCUAUCUGUCUGUCUCUCUUUCUCUUGGGUUUGAAUUUUUUUUCCUCUUCCUCAUCUUUUUCUUCUUCUCUGUCACCAAACCCUAAUUUCCUCCCAAUUCCGAUCUCAAAAUAUCUCUCCUUAACCUGAUUAUAUUAACCCCCGAAGCUUUCAGAUCUCCCUCCCUGCUAGCCAGGAGGAGCAAAGAUGUCUUUUGUACGGAAUUUCAGUUUGCAAGGAGGCGUUGCCAAUGAUGACUAUUGGUCCUCCUUCACUAGGAACAACUUUAUCAACAACAAUAGGAACAAGACUAGAAACAAUUAUAACAAUAGGAAUUUUAGCAAUAACAAAGACUACUCGGGGAAAUUUUGGCAGCAAAAUGAAAACUUUCAUCAUAUGAAAACUGGCAAUUCCCAUUAUGUCAACCCUGAUAAUUACACUCAUGUAAAUCCUAAUGGUGCAAGUGCACCGUCUUUGAAAAGAAGAAAAUUUUCAGCCUCUACUUGGGGAGGUAGUGGGAGACACUAUGUGCCGUCUAUCGCAUAUGACCAAGCCCCUUUAACCUGUAACAGCACUUUCCCUCCUAUUCGAUCUAAUGUGGAGGCCUCUAUGGCUACCGGCUGUAAACGUGAUCGUUCACAUUUAGAAGAUGAAGAACCAGUAUUCUUGUCACGGGAUGAGAUUGAAAGGUGCUCCCCGUCAAGGAAAGAUGGUAUUGAUGCACUUCGUGAAGCACAUUUGCGUUACUCAUAUUGCACCUUCCUUCAAAAUCUUGGAUUGCACCUAGAGUUGCCACAAACCACUAUUGGCACUGCCAUGGUUCUAUGCCACCGUUUUUUUGUUCGGCAAUCACAUGCUUCCCAUGAUAGAUUUUUGAUUGCUACUGCUGCUCUAUUUCUUGCUUCAAAGUCUGAGGAGACCCCACGCCCUUUGAACAAUGUAGUGAGAGCUUCUUGUGAAAUUUUCCAUAAGCAGGAUAUUUCUUUCUUGUCCUAUCUGCUCCCCACUGACUGGUUUGAGCAAUAUCGGGAGCGGGUGAUUGAGGCUGAGCAUGUGAUACUGAGUACUUUAAAUUUUGAGCUUAAUGUGCAGCAUCCAUAUGCUCCUCUUACAUCCAUUCUUAACAAAUUUGGUCUUUCAAAAUCUGUUUUGGUCAGUCUGGCAUUAAACUUGGUCAGUGAAGGGGUCUACACAAGAUUAGCGUGCUCGCAUGUAUGAUAUUCUUACCUGGCGGAUUGAUAUGCUGUUCAUGGAAAGUUUUGUUUUACAUCUGAAGUUGAACUGCCAGUGUGGUGUUGAUGACUUCAUCACAAAUACACCCCCAUCAACUUGGUCAUUGGCUAUUAAAGAUAGCCUCAGGACCUCUGACUUAUAAAUUAAAAAUAAUAAUAAUAAUAUAAAGAUAGCCUCAGGACCUGCAAAAUCAGCUUUGCCAUACUAGAUUGACACUCAAUUGUUUUCCCUCCCCAUUGUCUGUGGUAUCCAUGUGAAGCUAGUCCUCUAGAUUUCUUAUGCAAACAUAUGACUUUUGACACAUGGCAACCUAUCCACUCACCGUCCAUUUACUGACUUGGAGGUGUACCAUUGGCUAGGCAGAUAGUAAUUUCUUUUUCCUUGUUGCCUAUGAUUUUUAUCACUACCUGGUGAGGAGUAUUGUCAGGUAGCUGACAAUACCUGACAACCUGAGGUAUUGUCAGGUAGCUUAUUAAAUAAAAGGGGGCAUUAUCAGGUAGCUGGGAAGAUUAUUGGGUUUAGCAGAUGUUUUGCCAAGUUUUUCUGACUACCAAGAUUUGUUAUUAUUUUUUUGAACUACUUUUAUCUGACAAGUUCAACUCAUGUAUUUUUUUUUAACUUCAAAUACUUAAAUGAUUUUUUCUUAGUAUCCGAGAACUUUGGUUUGAUUUCAGUUUCAACCAAGUGUUAUGAAAGUACAAAUCUUGCCCCAGGAGUUGCUGCUUAAUGUAAAGUGUCACAUCUGAUGUAUAGUAAAAGCAUUGUGUGGCUGUUUGGGUCAGACUUUCAUCUUAUUAUCUAAAUUCUCUUUCCCAGUAAAAUAAAAAAAUAAAAACUAUAAAAUGCUUUAGUACCUCUCAUCUUGGAUGGAUAGGUGCUGAAAGAUUAGUCAAUGCUAUAGAUGUGAAAUGCAAAAAUUGGAAGGAGAACAGCAAAGUUUAUUGACAUUAGGUCCAAAUCUAUUAUGUAGCAAGCAUUUCCCCCCAGAGUCUUUCUUAUUUUUCAGUGUUUAUGGCUUAGAUGCAAGUGGUUGGUCAGCAAGUAAUGUCAGCCCAGUUAAAUUGGACCACCUUUUACGGUUGCAGUAAUCUAUUGAUGUUUGACAGGUGCAGCUGGGUCAGUGACUUCUAGAGUAGAUUAGUUAGGACUUAGGAAGUAUAAGUUCUUUUGUACUUGAUCUACUUUGUCUCUGUAAAUUAUAUGUAAAUUAUAUCCAUGAAGUUGUGUUUUAGAUCUGAUGUCUUGAGAUUAAUGGGAAACCAGGGGAGGGUUUAUAUGUUCAGUCUUUACCAACAUAUCUAAAGAAUAGUUUAUAUCCUAGAAGUCAUCAAAUUUAUACACAAUUCUAGUUUCAAUAACUCAGUAAUUGAAGAGUUUCCACCUAGCCAUUUCAAUAUUACCUUAAACAAACAAAUAUAAUAAUAAUAAUAAUAAUAAUAAUAAUAAAGGGAAAAAAGAAAAAAGAAAAAGAAAAUGGGAGGAAAGUUGGAGAAUGUGGAUGGAAUUUCUCUUCCUGCAUCUUGAGACAAGGUGAGAGAAUUGAAUAUUAUAACUUGUUUAAUAUCUAUAUCUUUUCCUUGUCCUUCUCUUUCUCUUUUUCUCAUUUUGUUGUGUUGUAAAAAAAAUAACUAUGGCUAAGAGCCUUAUGGGUCAGUGGCACUGCCCAAUCUCCCUUAGGGGGAGAAUCUGGGAGUUAUUUUCCCUUCUUUUCUUCACUAAUAUUUUAUUACUUACUAAAACACAAGUAUGUUGAUAGCUGUUGUUGCCUGAGUCCUCGACUAAGUUUUCAUGACCUCCUUGCUUCUUCCUCAUCCAUUGAUUAUGAUGAGUCAAUUUUUAAUAGUUUUCACUCCUGCCUUUUUCAAUUAUAUUACAGACCACAUAAACCUGUGACAUAAGUCCCUCUAAUUAUCCUUACCCACCUUGCUCACUUGGAUUUUUGGGGCUGAUCUCAUGUUUAUGAAUUUUGGUACUAGUAUGUAUACCAUUCACACUGGAUACACCCCUCUUCCACUCCCUCCAUCCCAACCUGACAAAUGAGGGUCUUCAUGACCAUGUUCUCUCAACCUUUAUAUUAAUAUAUCAUUGAAGAAUAUUUAAGAAAUAGGGUACAUGAGUCCUUUCAUGCUAUUUGCUACUUUGCCUUUAAAAUAUACUUUCCAAAUUAUUGUGGAACUGUUAUAAUCCUUUUUGACCAUUAUGUCAUAAUCACUUUUGUACAUUUAUUUUUGUUGUUGUUAUCAUUGUCGUCAUCUUCAUCAUCAUUUACUUUUCUAUUACUUUUUUUUAUUCUAAUUCUACUAUUCUUUAUUUGGAAUCUUUUUUCUCUAAAUAACCUUAAUGAACUUUUUAAGUUGUUUAUAUGGAAGUAUGUGGAGAAUAUUUUUUGGGAUAUAUUCAGUGACAUGAUCUAUUGUUGCCUUCCCUUUGAUAUUUUGGAUCCGAAAAUAUGUUUUCCAAAUGUUAUUAUUAUUAUCAUUAGUUUCAUCUAUAAAAUUUUAUUAUUAUUAUCAUUAUUUCUAUCUCUGUUUACUUCGCUAUAACUGUUUCUUUUUCUACAAGUACAUGCUUUAUGGGGAAUCUAUUUUCUAUAAAUAACUUGAUGAACUUUUGAAGUUGUUAAUACUGGGGAAAAAAAUGAAGAAUAUAUUUUGGGAUAUAUUAAGUAACAUAACUUUUUGUGUUCUCUUUGAUAUUUUGGAUCCCAAAAUAUGUUUUCCAAAUAUUCUCACGUAAUUUUCUAAUAAUUUCAAUUAUUGAUACUACUGUUGUUAUUGUUAUUGUUGUUAUCAUCAUAAUCAUCGUCAUUAUUAUCAUCAUCAUCAUCAUCAUCAUCAUUAUUAUUAUUAGGGUUACUAUUGCCACAAUGGCACAUGCUCAUCUUCUUCCUUUUAAAAGAUUACAAUUUUAAGGUUGAAUGUCAUAAUAUUUACUUAUAUAUAUAUACACUUUCUCAAAAUGAAAACCACAGUUUUAUAUUAUUUCUUAGUGAGUGUUAUAGUUUUAAAAUAAUUUUCUUAUUGGUAAUUAUGCAUCGACCUUCACCCUUCACCUUGCUCUUAUAAGUAGGGUAGUAAAUGAACUGAGCAAUUCAUGAACAACUCAAGUUUGAUUCGAUAAAAAGCUUUUUAUGUAUAUUUGUUUAUAAAUAAGCUGAGUUGGAGCGAAGUUUUGAGGU